AUGUCAACAAAGAUUAGCACGGCUCAAGCCCGCCAUCUGGCUGAGCCUCCAACGGACGAGCCACAGGACCGACAAGCAAUUCACUACACAUACGCGGAAGUGCCCGCCAGACACCGUACGCGUGGCAAUGCCCGACACCCCCCAAAGACAUCUGAGGACAACACACUGACGAACCCGCGGAAACAACACAACGGCGCGAACAAACCCGACGACGGACCCAACCUACAAACACACAUUCUCACAUACUCCGACUACCGCACAGCCCAAUCUGCAGUGCGAUCUAUCUCGAGGGACGUUGCAGCGUGGACAGGUGCGGACGCCGAGAGUGGGGACUCUGCAGGUGCAUUUGUCGACGCGAUAUUGGCCCCGGCCGGCCUCCUCGUCGAGGUCGCGCCCAUGAUGGAGAGAGCGAGAGACGCAAUGACUGUGGACGGCCUGGAGUCACCGGACACCGCGGACUUCCACCAGUCCCAUUUGAAGGAACUUCUAGGACUGGUGCUGGAGCUGGAGGAUAUUGUGGCGUCGAAGAUCGCAUGCGUGGAGAUGACUAAGGCGUUCUUCAAGUUCGUUCUGGUUCCGCUCAAGCUGGCGGCUCCAGUGGCGCGGAUGUUGUUGGACAAGAAGCCGAAGUUGUUGGUGGCGUUCGCAGCAAAGGCAUUGCUCAUGAAUGCUUCAGGGGGCAAAGCCUUUGGCGACGACGGAAUGAAGAAGUUGAUGCUGUUGGCGCUCGUCGCACCGAAAGCUCUUGAUGUGUUGAGGCCGAAUCCGGCAGGCGAUUUGCUGCCUCUCCUCAAACUUCUUCCCCUUCUAGGGGGAGCCAAGUUGGACAAGCUGUUGCCGAUCGCGCUGCUCGCCAUGGCUGCCUUCGAUGCUCCGGAGGUGGCUGCGUUGCUCAAGAGUGUCGUUAGCAAGAAGCUGGUUUCCGGCGGCUACGGCGUGGAGGCGACGGCAGUGGAAACGUCUGACGAGGAAAUGUCGGUGGUGGACUAUUUGGUUGACUCCUGGGCGGUCGCGGACGGACAGUUCGAAGACGAAAUGACAGUUUCGAGGGCGGCAACGGAAGCAAAGGAAGCCAAGUCGGCAGUAAAAUCUAUCUCGAGGGACGUUGCAGCGUGGACAGGUGCGGACGCCGAGAGUGGGGACUCUGCAGGUGCAUUUGUCGACGCGAUAUUGGCCCCGGCCGGCCUCCUCGUCGAGGUCGCGCCCAUGAUGGAGAGAGCGAGAGACGCAAUGACUGUGGACGGCCUGGAGUCACCGGACACCGCGGACUUCCACCAGUCCCAUUUGAAGGAACUUCUAGGACUGGUGCUGGAGCUGGAGGAUAUUGUGGCGUCGAAGAUCGCAUGCGUGGAGAUGACUAAGGCGUUCUUCAAGUUCGUUCUGGUUCCGCUCAAGCUGGCGGCUCCAGUGGCGCGGAUGUUGUUGGACAAGAAGCCGAAGUUGUUGGUGGCGUUCGCAGCAAAGGCAUUGCUCAUGAAUGCUUCAGGGGGCAAAGCCUUUGGCGACGACGGAAUGAAGAAGUUGAUGCUGUUGGCGCUCGUCGCACCGAAAGCUCUUGAUGUGUUGAGGACGAAUCCGGCAGGCGAUUUGCUGCCUCUCCUCAAACUUCUUCCCCUUCUAGGGGGAGCCAAGUUGGACAAGCUGUUGCCGAUCGCGCUGCUCGCCAUGGCUGCCUUCGAUGCUCCGGAGGUGGCUGCGUUGCUCAAGAGUGUCGUUAGCAAGAAGCUGGUUUCCGGCGGCCACGGCGUGGAGGCGACGGCAGUGGAAACGUCUGACGAGGAAAUGUCGGUGGUGGACUAUUUGGUUGACUCCUGGGCGGUCGCGGACGGACAGUUCGAAGACGAAAUGACAGUUUCGAGGGCGGCAACGGAAGCAAAGGAAGCCAAGUCGGCAGUAAAAUCUAUCUCGAGGGACGUUGCAGCGUGGACAGGUGCGGACGCCGAGAGUGGGGACUCUGCAGGUGCAUUUGUCGACGCGAUAUUGGCCCCGGCCGGCCUCCUCGUCGAGGUCGCGCCCAUGAUGGAGAGAGCGAGAGACGCAAUGACUGUGGACGGCCUGGAGUCACCGGACACCGCGGACUUCCAACAGUCCCAUUUGAAGGAACUUCUAGGACUGGUGCUGGAGCUGGAGGAUAUUGUGGCGUCGAAGAUCGCAUGCGUGGAGAUGACUAAGGCGUUCUUCAAGUUCGUUCUGGUUCCGCUCAAGCUGGCGGCUCCAGUGGCGCGGAUGUUGUUGGACAAGAAGCCGAAGUUGUUGUUGGCGUUCGCAGCAAAGGCAUUGCUCAUGAAUGCUUCAGGGGGCAAAGCCUUUGGCGACGACGGAAUGAAGAAGUUGAUGCUGUUGGCGCUCGUCGCACCGAAAGCUCUUGAUGUGUUGAGGACGAAUCCGGCAGGCGAUUUGCUGCCUCUCCUCAAACUUCUUCCCCUUCUAGGGGGAGCCAAGUUGGACAAGCUGUUGCCGAUCGCGCUGCUCGCCAUGGCUGCCUUCGAUGCUCCGGAGGUGGCUGCGUUGCUCAAGAGUGUCGUUAGCAAGAAGCUGGUUUCCGGCGGCUACGGCGUGGAGGCGACGGCAGUGGAAACGUCUGACGAGGAAAUGUCGGUGGUGGACUAUUUGGUUGACUCCUGGGCGGUCGCGGACGGACAGUUCGAAGACGAAAUGACAGUUUCGAGGGCGGCAACGGAAGCAAAGGAAGCCAAGUCGGCAGUAAAAUCUAUCUCGAGGGACGUUGCAGCGUGGACAGGUGCGGACGCCGAGAGUGGGGACUCUGCAGGUGCAUUUGUCGACGCGAUAUUGGCCCCGGCCGGCCUCCUCGUCGAGGUCGCGCCCAUGAUGGAGAGAGCGAGAGACGCAAUGACUGUGGACGGCCUGGAGUCACCGGACACCGCGGACUUCCACCAGUCCCAUUUGAAGGAACUUCUAGGACUGGUGCUGGAGCUGGAGGAUAUUGUGGCGUCGAAGAUCGCAUGCGUGGAGAUGACUAAGGCGUUCUUCAAGUUCGUUCUGGUUCCGCUCAAGCUGGCGGCUCCAGUGGCGCGGAUGUUGUUGGACAAGAAGCCGAAGUUGUUGUUGGCGUUCGCAGCAAAGGCAUUGCUCAUGAAUGCUUCAGGGGGCAAAGCCUUUGGCGACGACGGAAUGAAGAAGUUGAUGCUGUUGGCGCUCGUCGCACCGAAAGCUCUUGAUGUGUUGAGGACGAAUCCGGCAGGCGAUUUGCUGCCUCUCCUCAAACUUCUUCCCCUUCUAGGGGGAGCCAAGUUGGACAAGCUGUUGCCGAUCGCGCUGCUCGCCAUGGCUGCCUUCGAUGCUCCGGAGGUGGCUGCGUUGCUCAAGAGUGUCGUUAGCAAGAAGCUGGUUUCCGGCGGCUACGGCGUGGAGGCGACGGCAGUGGAAACGUCUGACGAGGAAAUGUCGGUGGUGGACUAUUUGGUUGACUCCUGGGCGGUCGCGGACGGACAGUUCGAAGACGAAAUGACAGUUUCGAGGGCGGCAACGGAAGCAAAGGAAGCCAAGUCGGCAGUAAAAUCUAUCUCGAGGGACGUUGCAGCGUGGACAGGUGCGGACGCCGAGAGUGGGGACUCUGCAGGUGCAUUUGUCGACGCGAUAUUGGCCCCGGCCGGCCUCCUCGUCGAGGUCGCGCCCAUGAUGGAGAGAGCGAGAGACGCAAUGACUGUGGACGGCCUGGAGUCACCGGACACCGCGGACUUCCAACAGUCCCAUUUGAAGGAACUUCUAGGACUGGUGCUGGAGCUGGAGGAUAUUGUGGCGUCGAAGAUCGCAUGCGUGGAGAUGACUAAGGCGUUCUUCAAGUUCGUUCUGGUUCCGCUCAAGCUGGCGGCUCCAGUGGCGCGGAUGUUGUUGGACAAGAAGCCGAAGUUGUUGUUGGCGUUCGCAGCAAAGGCAUUGCUCAUGAAUGCUUCAGGGGGCAAAGCCUUUGGCGACGACGGAAUGAAGAAGUUGAUGCUGUUGGCGCUCGUCGCACCGAAAGCUCUUGAUGUGUUGAGGACGAAUCCGGCAGGCGAUUUGCUGCCUCUCCUCAAACUUCUUCCCCUUCUAGGGGGAGCCAAGUUGGACAAGCUGUUGCCGAUCGCGCUGCUCGCCAUGGCUGCCUUCGAUGCUCCGGAGGUGGCUGCGUUGCUCAAGAGUGUCGUUAGCAAGAAGCUGGUUUCCGGCGGCUACGGCGUGAAGGCGACGGCAGUGGAAACGUCUGACGAGGAAAUGUCGGUGGUGGACUAUUUGGUUGACUCCUGGGCGGUCGCGGACGGACAGUUCGAAGACGAAAUGACAGUUUCGAGGGCGGCAACGGAAGCAAAGGAAGCCAAGUCGGCAGUAAAAUCUAUCUCGAGGGACGUUGCAGCGUGGACAGGUGCGGACGCCGAGAGUGGGGACUCUGCAGGUGCAUUUGUCGACGCGAUAUUGGCCCCGGCCGGCCUCCUCGUCGAGGUCGCGCCCAUGAUGGAGAGAGCGAGAGACGCAAUGACUGUGGACGGCCUGGAGUCACCGGACACCGCGGACUUCCACCAGUCCCAUUUGAAGGAACUUCUAGGACUGGUGCUGGAGCUGGAGGAUAUUGUGGCGUCGAAGAUCGCAUGCGUGGAGAUGACUAAGGCGUUCUUCAAGUUCGUUCUGGUUCCGCUCAAGCUGGCGGCUCCAGUGGCGCGGAUGUUGUUGGACAAGAAGCCGAAGUUGUUGUUGGCGUUCGCAGCAAAGGCAUUGCUCAUGAAUGCUUCAGGGGGCAAAGCCUUUGGCGACGACGGAAUGAAGAAGUUGAUGCUGUUGGCGCUCGUCGCACCGAAAGCUCUUGAUGUGUUGAGGACGAAUCCGGCAGGCGAUUUGCUGCCUCUCCUCAAACUUCUUCCCCUUCUAGGGGGAGCCAAGUUGGACAAGCUGUUGCCGAUCGCGCUGCUCGCCAUGGCUGCCUUCGAUGCUCCGGAGGUGGCUGCGUUGCUCAAGAGUGUCGUUAGCAAGAAGCUGGUUUCCGGCGGCUACGGCGUGGAGGCGACGGCAGUGGAAACGUCUGACGAGGAAAUGUCGGUGGUGGACUAUUUGGUUGACUCCUGGGCGGUCGCGGACGGACAGUUCGAAGACGAAAUGACAGUUUCGAGGGCGGCAACGGAAGCAAAGGAAGCCAAGUCGGCAGUAAAAUCUAUCUCGAGGGACGUUGCAGCGUGGACAGGUGCGGACGCCGAGAGUGGGGACUCUGCAGGUGCAUUUGUCGACGCGAUAUUGGCCCCGGCCGGCCUCCUCGUCGAGGUCGCGCCCAUGAUGGAGAGAGCGAGAGACGCAAUGACUGUGGACGGCCUGGAGUCACCGGACACCGCGGACUUCCACCAGUCCCAUUUGAAGGAACUUCUAGGACUGGUGCUGGAGCUGGAGGAUAUUGUGGCGUCGAAGAUCGCAUGCGUGGAGAUGACUAAGGCGUUCUUCAAGUUCGUUCUGGUUCCGCUCAAGCUGGCGGCUCCAGUGGCGCGGAUGUUGUUGGACAAGAAGCCGAAGUUGUUGUUGGCGUUCGCAGCAAAGGCAUUGCUCAUGAAUGCUUCAGGGGGCAAAGCCUUUGGCGACGACGGAAUGAAGAAGUUGAUGCUGUUGGCGCUCGUCGCACCGAAAGCUCUUGAUGUGUUGAGGACGAAUCCGGCAGGCGAUUUGCUGCCUCUCCUCAAACUUCUUCCCCUUCUAGGGGGAGCCAAGUUGGACAAGCUGUUGCCGAUCGCGCUGCUCGCCAUGGCUGCCUUCGAUGCUCCGGAGGUGGCUGCGUUGCUCAAGAGUGUCGUUAGCAAGAAGCUGGUUUCCGGCGGCUACGGCGUGGAGGCGACGGCAGUGGAAACGUCUGACGAGGAAAUGUCGGUGGUGGACUAUUUGGUUGACUCCUGGGCGGUCGCGGACGGACAGUUCGAAGACGAAAUGACAGUUUCGAGGGCGGCAACGGAAGCAAAGGAAGCCAAGUCGGCAGUAAAAUCUAUCUCGAGGGACGUUGCAGCGUGGACAGGUGCGGACGCCGAGAGUGGGGACUCUGCAGGUGCAUUUGUCGACGCGAUAUUGGCCCCGGCCGGCCUCCUCGUCGAGGUCGCGCCCAUGAUGGAGAGAGCGAGAGACGCAAUGACUGUGGACGGCCUGGAGUCACCGGACACCGCGGACUUCCACCAGUCCCAUUUGAAGGAACUUCUAGGACUGGUGCUGGAGCUGGAGGAUAUUGUGGCGUCGAAGAUCGCAUGCGUGGAGAUGACUAAGGCGUUCUUCAAGUUCGUUCUGGUUCCGCUCAAGCUGGCGGCUCCAGUGGCGCGGAUGUUGUUGGACAAGAAGCCGAAGUUGUUGUUGGCGUUCGCAGCAAAGGCAUUGCUCAUGAAUGCUUCAGGGGGCAAAGCCUUUGGCGACGACGGAAUGAAGAAGUUGAUGCUGUUGGCGCUCGUCGCACCGAAAGCUCUUGAUGUGUUGAGGACGAAUCCGGCAGGCGAUUUGCUGCCUCUCCUCAAACUUCUUCCCCUUCUAGGGGGAGCCAAGUUGGACAAGCUGUUGCCGAUCGCGCUGCUCGCCAUGGCUGCCUUCGAUGCUCCGGAGGUGGCUGCGUUGCUCAAGAGUGUCGUUAGCAAGAAGCUGGUUUCCGGCGGCUACGGCGUGGAGGCGACGGCAGUGGAAACGUCUGACGAGGAAAUGUCGGUGGUGGACUAUUUGGUUGACUCCUGGGCGGUCGCGGACGGACAGUUCGAAGACGAAAUGACAGUUUCGAGGGCGGCAACGGAAGCAAAGGAAGCCAAGUCGGCAGUAAAAUCUAUCUCGAGGGACGUUGCAGCGUGGACAGGUGCGGACGCCGAGAGUGGGGACUCUGCAGGUGCAUUUGUCGACGCGAUAUUGGCCCCGGCCGGCCUCCUCGUCGAGGUCGCGCCCAUGAUGGAGAGAGCGAGAGACGCAAUGACUGUGGACGGCCUGGAGUCACCGGACACCGCGGACUUCCACCAGUCCCAUUUGAAGGAACUUCUAGGACUGGUGCUGGAGCUGGAGGAUAUUGUGGCGUCGAAGAUCGCAUGCGUGGAGAUGACUAAGGCGUUCUUCAAGUUCGUUCUGGUUCCGCUCAAGCUGGCGGCUCCAGUGGCGCGGAUGUUGUUGGACAAGAAGCCGAAGUUGUUGUUGGCGUUCGCAGCAAAGGCAUUGCUCAUGAAUGCUUCAGGGGGCAAAGCCUUUGGCGACGACGGAAUGAAGAAGUUGAUGCUGGGAGCCAAGUUGGACAAGCUGUUGCCGAUCGCGCUGCUCGCCAUGGCUGCCUUCGAUGCUCCGGAGGUGGCUGCGUUGCUCAAGAGUGUCGUUAGCAAGAAGCUGGUUUCCGGCGGCUACGGCGUGGAGGCGACGGCAGUGGAAACGUCUGACGAGGAAAUGUCGGUGGUGGACUAUUUGGUUGACUCCUGGGCGGUCGCGGACGGACAGUUCGAAGACGAAAUGACAGUUUCGAGGGCGGCAACGGAAGCAAAGGAAGCCAAGUCGGCAGUAAAAUCUAUCUCGAGGGACGUUGCAGCGUGGACAGGUGCGGACGCCGAGAGUGGGGACUCUGCAGGUGCAUUUGUCGACGCGAUAUUGGCCCCGGCCGGCCUCCUCGUCGAGGUCGCGCCCAUGAUGGAGAGAGCGAGAGACGCAAUGACUGUGGACGGCCUGGAGUCACCGGACACCGCGGACUUCCAACAGUCCCAUUUGAAGGAACUUCUAGGACUGGUGCUGGAGCUGGAGGAUAUUGUGGCGUCGAAGAUCGCAUGCGUGGAGAUGACUAAGGCGUUCUUCAAGUUCGUUCUGGUUCCGCUCAAGCUGGCGGCUCCAGUGGCGCGGAUGUUGUUGGACAAGAAGCCGAAGUUGUUGUUGGCGUUCGCAGCAAAGGCAUUGCUCAUGAAUGCUUCAGGGGCAAAGCCUUUGGCGACGACGGAAUGA